AGACACGCGCGCGAAGGCCAGGCUGAGAUGGAUCUUGAGGCAGCAAGGAACGGAACAGCGCGGCACCCCGGGACAGUGGAGGGCGACUUUGAACUAGGCAGCAUCAGCAACCAAGGCAGAAAUAAAAAGAAGAAAGUGAACUUAAUCGGACCAUUGACACUGUUCCGAUACUCUGACUGGCAGGAUAAAUUGUUUAUGCUCCUGGGCACCGUCAUGGCCAUAGCUCACGGAUCAGGUCUUCCCCUCAUGAUGAUAGUCUUUGGAGAAAUGACAGAUAAGUUUGUAGAUAAUGCUGGGAACUUGGCCUUGCCAGUAAAUUUUUCAUUGUCAAUGAUAAAUCCAGGAAGACUUCUGGAAGAAGAAAUGACUAGAUACGCAUAUUACUACUCAGGACUAGGUGGCGGAGUCCUUAUUGCUGCCUACAUCCAAGUUUCGUUCUGGACUUUGGCAGCUGGUCGGCAAAUAAAGAAGAUCAGACAACACUUUUUUCAUGCCAUCCUCCGACAAGAAAUGGGCUGGUUUGACAUCCAGGGCACCGCUGAACUCAAUACGCGCCUGACAGAUGACAUCUCCAGAAUCAGUGAAGGAAUUGGUGACAAGGUUGGAAUGUUCUUUCAAGCAAUAGCCACGUUUUUUGCAGGCUUCAUAGUGGGGUUCCUCAGAGGAUGGAAGCUCACACUGGUGAUCAUGGCCAUCAGCCCCAUCCUGGGGCUCUCUACAGCUGUGUGGGCAAAGAUCCUCUCAACGUUCAGUGACAAAGAACUAGCUGCAUACGCAAAAGCAGGUGCCGUGGCUGAAGAGGCUCUGGGAGCCAUCAGGACCGUGAUAGCUUUCGGGGGCCAGAACAAAGAACUAGAAAGAUAUCAGAAACAUUUAGAAAAUGCCAAAAAAAUUGGAAUAAAAAAGGCUAUCUCAGCGAACAUAUCCAUGGGCAUCGCCUUCUUGUUAAUAUAUGCAUCCUACGCACUGGCCUUCUGGUAUGGGUCCACUCUGGUCAUCUCAAAAGAGUAUACUAUUGGAAAUGCAGUGACUGUGUUCUUCUCAAUCCUCAUUGGUGCUUUCAGUGUGGGGCAGGCUGCCCCCUGUAUUGAUGCUUUCGCCAAUGCACGAGGAGCAGCUUACGUGAUCUUUGACAUUAUUGACAACAAUCCUAAAAUUGACAGUCUUUCAGAGAGAGGACACAAACCAGACAGCAUCAAAGGAAAUCUGGACUUCAGUGAUGUUCACUUUUCAUAUCCAUCUCGGGCUAAUAUCAAGAUCUUGAAGGGCCUCAACCUGAAGGUGCAGAGUGGACAGACAGUGGCCCUGGUCGGCAACAGUGGCUGUGGGAAGAGCACCACUGUCCAGCUGCUGCAGAGGCUCUACGACCCCACAGAGGGUACGAUUAGCAUCGAUGGCCAGGACAUCCGGGACUUCAAUGUCAGGUACCUGAGGGAAAUCAUCGGAGUGGUCAGUCAGGAGCCGGUACUGUUUGCCACCACGAUCGCCGAGAACAUUCGCUAUGGCCGUGGCAAUGUAACCAUGGAGGAGAUAAAGAAAGCUGUCAAAGAAGCCAAUGCUUACGAGUUCAUCAUGAAAUUACCACAGAAAUUUGACACCCUGGUUGGUGAUAGAGGGGCGCAGCUGAGUGGGGGACAGAAACAGAGAAUCGCCAUUGCUCGUGCCCUGGUCCGCAACCCCAAGAUCCUCCUGCUGGACGAAGCGACGUCAGCCUUGGACACAGAGAGUGAAGCUGAGGUACAGGCGGCUCUGGAUAAGGCUAGAGAAGGGCGCACCACCAUUGUGAUCGCCCAUCGACUGUCCACAGUCCGAAAUGCUGACGUCAUCGCCGGGCUUGAGGAUGGCGUCAUCGUGGAGCAGGGAAGUCACAGGGAGCUGAUGGAGAAGGAAGGGGUCUACUUCAAACUCGUGAACACGCAGACAUCAGGAAGCCACAGCCUGUCAGCAGAAUUUGAAGUUGAACUAAGUGAAGAACAGGCCGCAAGCGGCAUGGCCCCCAAUGGCUGGAAAGCUCACUUAUUCAGGAACUCCACGAAGAAAAGUCUUAAAAGUUCAAGAGCGCAUCAGCACAGGCUAGAGGCAGACGCCAGUGAACUCGAUGCAAAUGUGCCACCAGUGUCUUUUCUGCAAGUCUUGAAGCUGAAUAAGACGGAGUGGCCCUACUUUGUGGUGGGAACAGUCUGUGCCAUUGUCAACGGGGCCCUCCAGCCAGCCAUCUCCAUCAUCCUGUCAGAGAUGAUAGCUAUCUUCGGCCCCGGGGACGAUGCCGUGAAGCAGCAGAAGUGUAACAUGUUCUCACUGAUCUUCUUGGGCCUGGGAGUCCUUUCGUUCUUUACCUUCUUCCUUCAGGGCUUCACAUUUGGGAAAGCUGGCGAGAUUCUCACCACAAGACUGCGGUCCAUGGCCUUCAAAGCGAUGCUGCGGCAGGACAUGAGCUGGUUUGACGAUUACAGAAACAGCACCGGAGCCCUUUCUACGAGACUCGCCACGGAUGCUGCGCAAGUCCAAGGAGCCACGGGAACCAGGUUGGCUUUAAUUGCACAGAACACAGCCAACCUUGGAACCGGAAUUAUCAUAUCAUUUAUCUACGGGUGGCAGUUGACACUUUUGCUGUUAUCGGUUGUCCCGUUCGUUGCUGUCUCGGGAGUUGUGGAAAUGAAAAUGUUGGCUGGAAAUGCCAAGAGAGAUAAGAAAGAACUGGAAGCCGCUGGAAAGAUCGCAACAGAGGCCAUAGAAAACAUUCGAACUGUUGUAUCCUUGACCCAGGAAAGAAAAUUUGAAUCAAUGUAUGUUGAAAAAUUGCAUGGACCUUACAGGAAUUCAGUGCGGAAGGCACACAUCUAUGGCAUCACGUUCAGCAUCUCACAAGCAUUUAUGUAUUUUUCUUACGCUGCCUGUUUCCGGUUUGGCGCUUACCUCAUUGUGAACGGGCACAUGCGUUUCAAGGAUGUCAUUCUGGUGUUUUCAGCAAUUGUGUUUGGCGCAGUGGCCCUAGGACACGCCAGCUCCUUUGCUCCAGACUAUGCAAAAGCCAAGCUAUCUGCUGCACACUUAUUCAGCCUGUUUGAAAGACAGCCUCUGAUUGACAGCUACAGUGGAGAAGGGCUGUGGCCUGAUAAGUUUGAAGGAAGUGUGACGUUUAAUGAAGUCGUAUUCAACUAUCCCACCCGACCCGACAUCCCAGUGCUUCAGGGGCUGAGCCUGGAGGUGAAGAAGGGCCAGACGCUGGCCCUGGUGGGCAGCAGCGGCUGCGGGAAGAGCACAGUGGUCCAGCUGCUGGAGCGGUUCUACGACCCCAGGGCCGGGACAGUGCUUCUAGAUGGUCAAGAAGCAAAGAAACUCAAUGUCCAGUGGCUCCGAGCCCAACUGGGCAUUGUGUCCCAGGAGCCCAUCCUAUUUGACUGCAGCAUCGCUGAGAACAUCGCCUAUGGAGACAACAGCCGGGUCGUGUCCCAGGAUGAGAUCGUGAGGGCGGCCAAAGCAGCCAACAUCCACCCCUUCAUCGAGACACUGCCCCAAAAAUACGAAACGAGAGUAGGAGACAAGGGCACUCAGCUCUCAGGAGGCCAGAAGCAGAGGAUCGCUAUCGCUCGAGCCCUCAUCAGACAGCCUCGGGUCCUGCUGCUGGAUGAAGCCACGUCGGCUCUGGACACGGAGAGUGAAAAGGUGGUGCAGGAAGCCCUGGACAAAGCCAGGGAAGGCCGCACCUGCAUCGUGAUCGCUCACCGCCUGUCCACCAUCCAGAACGCGGACUUGAUCGUGGUGAUUCAGAACGGCAAGGUCAAGGAGCAGGGCACCCACCAGCAGCUGCUGGCCCAGAAAGGCAUCUAUUUCUCAAUGGUCAAUAUUCAGGCUGGUGCCCAGAACUUAUGAACUCUUGUUACAGUGUAUUUUUAAAAUAAAUUCAAAACGUUUUACACUUA